UGCUCCAAAGCCGAUAUGCCGGAUUCCUUUUUCCUAGCUGCCCGAGGCAAGGUGACCUAUCAGGAACACACACACACACACACACACACACACACACACACACACACCUGGAAUGUUAUACCUGACCUGAGCAGGGCUGUCUGCGGGCUGUAAUGAGCAGCAGAGUGGAACCCUAACCGGGCUCUCCCCGCCUUCACCUUCAAGCUCCGACAAACCUCUCCACGUCGGAGACGUUUGCACAAAAACAAACGCCUGCGUUUCGUCUCAUUUUGGACGUUGAGGGGCCAUGGUGGAGGGGAAGCCCUACCGGUACGGGCUGAUAGUGGCCGGCCUGUGCGUGGUGGCGCUCGGCCUCUUCGUCAUGACCCAGGAGCGGCCGCAGGUCUACGCCACGCUGUGGGUGAUGGGCGCCACCAUGGUGUGCGCCGGGACGGCCUGGAGCCUCUGCCAGUGCUAUCCUAAGGUCAUCGUGACUCCCGAGAUUGCCAAGGAGCGUCUGGAAGGGCUGGCGAAAGAUGAAAGGGCCCAGCCAAGUUCCCGCGGCCAAGAACUGAGCAGCAGCAUUCUUCCUCCUGAGGCGCGGAGGGGGUGCGCAGUGGAACAUCUGGAGAAGUCGGAGCGGAGCGUAAACUUGCCUCUGGUUCCAUUCAGCCUUCGAGGUGCGCAGAGAGCCGGAGAGGUGCGCAGAAUGGCUCGCGCCGCGCUCUGGAUCGGCUGGACGCUGUGUUUGGCCGCGUCUCUGGCCGUGUGCGCGCAGGACUACACGGAGGAGGACGACGAAAUGAUCCUGGACCUGAUCCGGGAGGACGGGACUCAGCCCGAGACCGGAGAGGAGCCGGCGGCAGAGUUCCUCAGGUGCAACAAGGAGGCAUGGCGCAUCCCCGGCCAGUACCUGGUCAUCCUGCAGCCGGGGACGCACGAGUCCCAGGUCCAGAGGACCACCCGGAGGCUGAGGGCCAAAGCGGCCCGGAGGGGCUACCUGGUGGACAUCCUGCGGACCUACUCCGGAGCCCUGCAGGGAUUCUUGGUCAAAAUGAGCCGGGAUGUCCUUCAUCUGGCCGUGAGGCUCCCCCACGUCCAGUACGUGGAGGAGGACUCGUCCAUCUUCGCUCAGAGCGCCCCCUGGAACCUGCAGAGGCUCCUGCAGCCCUACGGGGGCAUCUCCGAGAACGGCACCUACAGCCCCCCCAAUGACGGCGGGCUGGCCCAGGUGUAUCUGAUGGACGGCGGCGUGCAGAGCUCCCACAGGGAGGUGGAAGGACGGGUGCUGAUCACGGACUUCGACAGCGUCCCCGAGGAGGACGGGGUCAGAGUUCACAGACAGGCCAGCCAGUGCGACAGCCACGGCACGCACCUGGCCGGCGUCCUGACCGGGACGGACUCCGGGGUGGCGCCCGGCGCCGCGGUCAGCCUGGUGCGCGUGCUGAACUGUCAGGGGAAGGGCAGCGUGUCGGGAGCGCUGGCAGGGCUGGAGUACAUCCGGGCGGCGCUGCUGGCCCGUCCGGCGGCCGGCGGCGUGGUGGUCCUGCUGCCCUUCGCCGGCGGCUCCAGCCGCUCGCUGAACGCGGCCUGCAGAGAGGCGGUGGCCGGCGGCGCCGUGCUGGUGGCCGCCGCCGGGAACUACAGGGACGACGCCUGCCGCUACUCGCCCGCCUCCGAGCCCGAGGUCAUCACAGUGGGGGCGGUCAACUCGGCCGACCAGCUCAUGUCCCAGGGGGCCGGCGGGACCAACUUCGGCCGCUGCGUGGACCUGUUCGCGCCGGGCGACGACGUGGUCAGCGCCAGCAGCGACUGCAGCACCUGCUUCACCUCCCGCAGCGGCAGCUCGCAGGCCGCCGCGCACGCCGCCGGUGUGGCGGCGGUGCUGCUGUCGUCCAAUCGGAUGGCGUCUCCGGUGCAGGUCCUGCAGACGAUGCUGCACCACUCGGUCAGCAACGCCAUCAACCUCCUGUCCCUACCCGAGACACACCGCCUCACCACUCCCAACCUGGUGGCAGCCAUGGCGACCGCCGGCGCCCCGUCAGGCGGGGAGCUCUUGUGCCGCUCGGUGUGGUCCGAGAGGUCGGGGCUGGCCAGCGAGGACCGGGUGGCCGCCCGCUGCCGGCUGGGGGAGGAAAUGAUGGGCUGCAGCGGCUACUCUCCGGACGGCGUCCGGGGCGGGGAAACCAUCGCCGUGAGCGGCGGGCGUAUGGAGUGCGUGGCGGUCAACGGGCCGGCGGGGAACGGCGUGCACGCAGUGGCCCGCUGCUGCGCCGUAGCCGGCCUCCAGUGCCAGGCCCACGCCAGCGCCCGGCCGGGGGGGGACGCCCAGUGCACCGGCCAGCAGCACCACCUGACGGGGUGCACCACGUGGUCAGAGUCCGAGGUCCUGUCCGACUCGCGGCCUCGCCACGGCCUGGGGGGGCGCUGCGAGGCGCCGGAGGGCGUGGCGUCCCACGCCGUCUGCUGCCACGCCCCCGCCCUCCAGUGCCAGCUGCUGGAGGACACAUCUGCACAGAGCGAGCAGAUGGAGCUGGCCUGCCCCGCCGGCUGGACCCUCACAGACUGCAGCGCCGUCUCUCAGGGCUCCGCGGUCGCAGGGCCGGUCGCCAAGGGCAACAGUUGCCGCGUGCGCAGCAUCACGGGGCUCGGGGGGGCCGCGGCCGUCGCCGUCUGCUGCCGCGUGGCGCCCCCCCGGCAGCCCGCCCCGUCCUCCUCCCCCUGA